AUGGCACCCAAGUACUCCGUGUUUCUAUUCUACUUGGUUCUGUCUUGGACCGCAAAACAGUGUAUAGCUGAUGGAGUUGAUUGCUGCGAGGUUUGUUCUUGUGUCUUUAAUUCUCUGCAUUCGGGAACCAUUGUGAAUUGCCACAACAAGGGACUAUCGUCAGUUCCAUCCAAUAUUCCCCUGAACACAUACGACUUAGAUUUAUGCAAAAACAGACUGAAUGCUGUUCGUAAUUACUCUUUCACUGGAUUGAAGUCGCUUCGAUUCCUUAACCUAAGUAUGAAUAAGAUAACCUUGCUUGAGAAAAAUGCAUUCACUGGGUUGGACAAUUUGCGUGUUUUGCGUCUCAAUCAAAAUAUCCUCUUAAUGAACUAUACGACGUACCCUGAAAUGGUAUUUCUCCCUUUGCGUGGACUGCAAGAAUUGUACAUUGAAGAUAAUUUUGAUAAAACUGAGGGAGAGUAUGCCGACAAAAUAUUUAAACCUCUGCGAGAACUUAAGAUCUUACAACUAGACACGUUCUCGAGUCCAACAUUUGGCGAAGGAUUUACUCAUCUUAAGCAUCUUCGCCGGUUACUAAUAGGUGGAAGUCGUUUUAUAUGUCCAAUGACUAGACUGAAAAAUAAUACAUUUAAUGCUUUUCGUGCAGCACCUUUAGACGAAUUGGUUAUGUACUAUUGUAACCUUCACCUGCUCGAAGCUGGCUCCUUUCAGUUUUUCCCAUACCUCUCGAUUUUGAAAUUACCUGUAAACAGAGUUGGAGUUAAAAACGUGCUUCGCUCACUGGACACUCUUAGAAGUAGAAAUAUGACUGAAAUAAACAUAUCCAAAGUUCGAUUUGAAUCGCAAAAGACAGAUUUAUUACGGAUUAACGAUUCAAUAUUGACGACUGAUGUAAUUCGGUAUUUAGCCAACAUAUGUGUUACCAAGAUAGAUUUAUCACGAAACGGGUUGAUUUUGAUUGAUUUAAAGUUGCUAAUAGAUGAACGCUUUCCGUUUCGAAAAUGCAUAGAAUAUAUUGAUUUAUCGUUUAACCGACUAGAUCAAAAUGCAAUGUUUCUAAUGAAUAACCUUCGCAGUUUCUCCAACCUUCGCAUUCUAGAUAUUUCACAGCAGUUUCAAAAAUAUAAGCUUCAAAAACAUGAUACAGUUUCAGAAAUCCAACAAGAACUAACGUCAUCUCUGCCAGACCAUCGCGAAAACUACAUUAAGCAAAACCCACACUACUUUCUAACACUCCCGCCAAAGUUGGAGAAGUUUUAUAUCGGAAAUGCUAAGGGAAGUACGGGACAAAGCAGCACCUCAUUUAAUGGCAACACAACAGUCAUCAAUGGUUCUACGCUGCGAGAAUGGGACGUAUCAUUUAUGGGGAUACAUGAUUUCACAGGAACAAUUUUAGGAUUACAAAACCUUCAGAAACUGGAUAUAUCGGGAAAUGAUGGAACACGUUUCUCAGAGUUAUUUUUUGAUACAUUUCCAAGUAUUCAAUACCUCAGUCUAAACGAUAUGUCGAUAGGAAAUGAUUUUGUCUUCUGGCACGGAAGACGAUUAUUUAAGAAUUUAGCCAAACUGAAAAGUCUUCAUCUGGCUAACAAUAACCUUCGCCUUCUUCCUCGUGAUAUUUUUGUCGACAACAUAAACCUUGAACAUCUUGAUUUGUCUUUUAACAGGUUUCAGUCUCUGCCUUUAAAAAUAAUUAAUCUAAAUGCGUUGACGUCUAUUGUUAUGACAUUUAACUCCAUUAGUUACCUUAACAAAGAAGUACGAGAUGCCCUCGAUAUGAAAACAAUUUCAAAUCCUGUCCAUAUUUAUUUAGAUGGUAAUGUGUUUGCGUGUGGAUGUGAAAGUAGGAGUUCAAUAAUGUGGCUGUUUGAAACCAACGUUGUUCUUGACAACAAGGGCAACUACAGCUGUAUUUCAGAACACGGUUUGGUUAUUACAACAUCUGCUAUGAUAGACCAAAUUGAGCUGUUAUUCAGGACGUGUUCUGGAAAAUUGUGGUUGUUUAUUGGUUUCUGCGGCUUAACUUUGAUGUUAGCUACUUUCUUGUCUGUCAUGCUAAUUAGUCGACUCAAGACACGAAUUAUUUACUGGAUUUUUAAAGUAUUGGGUCAUAAUGUCGAGAUCCCUAAACGAAACGACUUUGAAUAUGAUCUGUUUGUUCUUCAUGCUGAUUCUGAAUACCAGUGGCCUUGUUACACUAUGAGGUCAAAUCUGGAGGAAGACCCACGAAGGAACAUCCGACUCUGCCUCAAAGAGAGAAACAUUCUACCAGGUGGAGCAAAGGCUGAGGAUAUCGUUGAAUGCCUUUACUCUAGCUGGAAAUCUGCUAUAAUUCUUACCCCAGAAUUUGUAGCUGAUGAAUGGUGUAUUUUUGCUAUGAGAACAGCCAUUUUUUCCAUAUCCACCCAGAUGCCAAGUCGAGUUAUUAUCCUUUGGGAAGAAAGCAUGACUGUACAGCUAGUUCCUGAAGAAUUGCUCGCUGUGUUGGAUGAACGAAGCAUCAUACGGUUUUCCUGGCAUGUGGACAACGAUGAUAGAUUUUGGCAUGACCUAUAUAAGAUGAUUAUUGACUGACCAUUGACUAUUCACAUUGCUAACUUAAUCACAAUUACUGUACGAUGUCUCAAUAUGUUUAUUAAUUUUUAAUAUAACAAAUGGAGAAUGUU